AUGACAAGAAGCCUGUUGCUAGUUUUCCUCCUACUCGCGACCAUUCAGUUGUCACUUCAAGAUCAGAAGCUUAGGGAUGGAAGUCAGGAGUUUAGCUACGUUUGGACCAAGCUUCAGAAGACUGACAGGCAUUGGAACUUUCUGGCUUAUUUGCGACUUGCAGGAAUAAGCUCCUUGUCCAAGCUGCUUUCGACGACCGAGACUGGCAUCACAAUCCUCGCGCCUGUGGAUCAGGGUUUUGCUCAACUGGGCGACUUCAACGCGACAAGGAUAAGAAAGGAUCCCGCCUUCUUGACGAAGACACUGCAGCUGCACAUCCUUAUUCCUAAGGCCACCGCUGCUAAGCUUCAGCAAGAUCCUUUGGCUCUUGUUGAAGGGGUCUACAAGUUCUACAACCAUUUUGACACUUUCAUUGUCCGCAAAAAGUGCCGCUAA